ACUUAUCGAUCGGUAUCUAAGAGAAACACAUGAAGCCUGGGGACAGGGACCGGACAUGGGCGACGCGUCGGUGCUGAAGAGACGAGGCUACACGUUGGGCUCCAGCUUAGGAGAAGGCUCCUACGCCAAGGUGAAGUCCGCUUUCUCGGAGCGCCUGCAGACCCAGGUCGCGAUCAAGAUCAUCGAUAAGAAAAACGCGCCCCCUGACAUCUUGGAGAAGUUCCUUCCGCGAGAGCUUGAAAUCCUUGCCACGCUCAACCAUUGCAACAUCGUGAAGAUGCUGGAGAUCUUCGAGAUCUCCAACAGGAAGGUGUACAUGGUCAUGGAGCUCGGUGCGCAAGGGGACCUCCUGGACCUGAUCAAGCUCAGAGGUGCCUUGUCGCAAGACCUCAGCAGGAAACUUUUUGGGCAGCUCUCCAUGGCCGUCAAGUUCAUCCACGACCUGGACAUCGUUCACAGGGAUCUGAAAUGCGAGAACUUGCUGCUGGACGACGACUUCAACCUGAAGGUGUCGGAUUUUGGGUUCAGCAGGAGAGUGGACUACGACGACGGCGGGAAAAUGAUCCUGAGCAAGACCUUCUGCGGCUCCGCAGCCUAUGCUGCUCCAGAGGUCCUGCAGGGGAUCCCAUACAACCCAAAACUGCAUGAUGUCUGGAGCAUGGGAGUGGUUCUCUUCAUCAUGGUCUGUGGAUCCAUGCCCUACGACGAUUCCAACAUCAAACAGAUGAUCAAGGUACAAUGGGAACAGCGUCUAGAGUUCCCCACUUCCACAGCAGUACCGCAGGAGUGCAAAGACCUCAUCUAUGGCAUGUUGCAGCCUGAUGUGGCAAGGCGUAUACAAAUAGGCAAUAUUGUUCAACAUUCCUGGCUACAAGGAAGGAAAACACAGGAUCCUGGUAGGACAGAUCAAGAGGAGCCAUCCACUUCAAGAGCACUGCCUAGAAAAGAAGUCAAAGCUGAAAGUAAGGCAGCGAAGAAAGACAAGAAAUCAUGA